CAGGUGGAGGAAUCUGAGGCCUUCUCCUCCGUGCAGACCAGGUGACCUCUGAUUUUGCGUCUCAUCACUUCCGUCUGCCAACCUGUCUGAUAUGUCGGGACCUGUGCCGAGCAGGGCCAGAGUUUACACGGAUGUGAACACACACAGACCUCGGGAAUACUGGGACUAUGAGUCACACGUUGUUGAGUGGGGAAAUCAAGAUGACUACCAGCUAGUUCGAAAAUUAGGCCGAGGCAAAUACAGUGAAGUAUUUGAAGCCAUCAACAUUACAAAUAAUGAAAAAGUAGUUGUUAAAAUUCUGAAGCCUGUUAAAAAGAAGAAAAUCAAGCGUGAAAUCAAGAUCUUAGAGAACUUGCGAGGAGGGCCCAAUAUCAUCACCCUGGCAGAUAUAGUGAAAGAUCCUGUGUCUCGGACACCUGCUUUGGUUUUCGAACACGUUAACAACACAGACUUUAAGCAAUUGUACCAGACAUUAACAGAUUAUGAUAUUCGAUUCUACAUGUAUGAGAUUUUGAAGGCUCUAGAUUACUGCCAUAGCAUGGGAAUCAUGCACAGAGAUGUCAAACCUCACAACGUCAUGAUUGACCAUGAGCACAGAAAGCUUAGACUAAUAGACUGGGGUUUGGCUGAAUUCUAUCACCCCGGCCAGGAGUACAAUGUCAGAGUGGCUUCCAGAUAUUUCAAAGGACCUGAACUCCUUGUAGAUUAUCAGAUGUAUGAUUACAGUCUGGAUAUGUGGAGCUUGGGUUGCAUGUUGGCUAGUAUGAUAUUCCGAAAGGAGCCAUUUUUCCAUGGCCAUGACAACUAUGAUCAGCUGGUGAGGAUAGCCAAGGUGCUGGGAACAGAGGAUCUGUAUGACUACAUUGACAAAUACAACAUUGAGCUGGAUCCACGUUUCAAUGACAUCUUGGGCAGACACUCCCGUAAGCGAUGGGAGCGCUUUGUUCACAGUGAGAACCAACACCUGGUGAGUCCAGAAGCUCUGGAUUUCUUAGACAAGCUGUUGCGAUAUGAUCACCAGUCACGACUCACAGCAAGAGAAGCCAUGGAACACCCCUACUUCUAUCCCAUUGUGAAAGACCAGGCUCGGAUGGGCUCAUCCAACAUGCCAGGUGGCAGCACUCCUGUCAGCAGUGCCAGCAUGAUGUCAGGGAUUUCUUCAGUGCCAACACCUUCACCCCUUGGACCUCUAGCAGGCUCACCUGUCAUCUCUGCCACCACCACGCUGGGGAUGCCAGUUCCAGCUGCUGCAGGCGCCCAGCAGUAGUGAUGGGCUCUGUCUCCUGCUGCCUGAGCUGAGUCAGGUGGGGAAGAGGUUUCCCCCUCCACCUCUCCUCAGGACGCAGCUCGUGCCUGGCAGGGGAAGGGAGGGGAUGAACGCUUUGGAGACACCGUGUCUGAACUGUUGCUUGUGGAUUUAUAGUAGUUCAGUCAUUAUAUACAAAAUUAUUAUAGGCUGA